AUGCCUCAACAGACUUUUCGUGAUGUUUCGCCUCCAGAGGCUAGACCUUCUACGCGCCUGGGAUUCUUCCGCGCUGCUACGCCUAUGUUCGGGCGUAGUUCUACACCUUCUUCUACUCGACCUGCUUCAAGCAUGAUGCAACAACGUGCGGAGGGGAAGCGAAGAAGCUUGUUGAGCUUGCUUACUCGCAAGAGGAAGAGAAAGGAGCCGGAGGAGAUUCCGAGGGAUCCUGUCCGUUUGAACUUUUUGUUUGUUGGGAGUAAAGCAGCUGGUCAGACGUCUUUGCUAUUUCGAUCUCGCUAUGGUUACUUUCCUGAUGUGAGUCUACCAUUUACGCAGUCGAGUGCCUUUUCUCGUCCUUUGUAUGAGACCUACGUCAACGAACGAAUCUACCACAACCAGCCUGUGCGCAUGGAGCUGUAG